AUGGAUUCGCAAGAAACCGCGAACAGUAUGGCCGAAUCUACUUCGGGCCAUGAAGAAAAUAUGGUGAAGCCAAACGUUCUUUCACCACCGCAAGGCUUUCAGGCGAGACCGCAAGGUCCGCCAGCGUCUCCCAGAAAUUCGAUAAAUAAUGGUCCCGUAGGCGCACCUCGACCGGGACAACCAUUACGCCGAUUGGACAGUCGUUCUUCCUUAGGUCCGUCGCCGGCCUCGGGUCAAUUCGUACAGCUUAGACCUUACGGUCCGCCGAGACCACCAGGGAGCUCCUUCCCUCCAAGGUCGCUGCAACCCGGUCAACUGUCUCCGCAGAAUCCGUUGUAUCCCUCGAAUCAGCGUUUCGUGUACUCGCCGGGGAUCCGCGGGCCUCCACCGCAAGGAGUAGGAGGUCAACGACCACCCUUCGCUGGUAAUCAGCAGCAGUAUCAACUGCAACAGCAGCAACAUCAGCAGCAGCGAGGCAGCAACGAUCCGCGAUUUCAACGAUCUGACAUCGCGCCGGAAAACGGGCCGCGACGACCUAGUCAAGAAUCCGUUUUCCCCAGACAGUUACUGAGAAAUGACUCAUCACUGAGCCUGCAACGACAGCAUCUUUUAUCAAACGAGGAGAUCAAGCAGCCGACACGACCGCGCAUUGUCAUCGAAAAGAUGGCGGAUAUAAACGAGAGCGUCGACUUUGAUAAACCAGAGGGUUAUCUACAGAGAAAGAAAUCUGACGUUCGUGAGAACGGUGAGAAUGACGACGAUGACGAUGUCGUGAUGGAUAACGAGAAGUCACCGCGACACAAUCAGAAUGUUAUUCCCGAAGGACUGGUGAACGGCUCCAAGUCACCCUUAAUCGCGACAAAACCUACGAACCGACCGGGAACGGCCACUAUCGAAAAAGCAAGUAUAUAUCAUGAAAAAAUAUCAAAAGAAUCUGUUCAGAAUACGGCGUCGAUAAUUUCUCAAAGCAGACCUUCCUCAGCAGCAAAUGAUGAUAAACAAGAAAAGAAAGACGAAAAACUCUCUAGCAGACCCCCAUCGAGUAAAGAGAUCGAUAUGAUCGAGAACUUGACGGAAGAUUUUACGAGAGAUGAAAUAAGUGUAUUGCUCGACGAUUCAACAAAUAAUAAAAAAUCUCGACCACCGAGCGCUACAUUGACAUCCGAACUAAUUGAAGAAAUUCAAAAGCCAAGCAGUCCGUAUAACGAUAACACAUUUGGAAACGUCGAACAGAGCUUGAAGACUCUUCCGAAAUCUUCGGACAAUUCGCGUUCUGUCACACCGUCUUAUCUGGACACGCCUCAGAACGCAGAACAAGCAGCAUCGAGGACUCCAUCCAGGAUCUCGGACAAGUCACGUUCCAGCACCCCGGCCCACCUGGACGCAGAGCAGAGUAAAUCUGCCGAUAAGUCGCGUUCCAGCACUCCGGCCGGAUUGGAGUCGCACGAAAACGCGGAACAAGAAUCGAAAACGCCGAUUAAGUCGCGCGCGAAUACUCCAGCCGAAUCGCAACUCCUUGCAGAUGCGGAACAAGAAUCAAGAACGCUGGAUAAAUCGCGCGCGGAUACUCCAGCCGGAUCGGAGCCGCCUGGAAACGCGGAAAAAGAAUCAACGACGUUGAUCAAGACGCCGGAUAAGUCGCGCGCGGAUACUCCAGCUGGAUCGGAGCCGCCUGGAAACGCGGAAAAAGAAUUAAAAUCGCCGAUCAAAACGCCGGAUAAGUCGCGCGCGGAUACCCCAGCUGGAUCGGAGCCGCCUGGAAACGCGGAUAAAGAAUCAAAAUCGCCGAUCAAGACGCCGGAUAAAUCGCGCGCGGAUACUCCAGCCGGAUCGGAGUUACCUGGAGACGCGGAACAAGAAUCGAAAACGCCGGAUAAGUAUUCGCGCGCGAGUACUCCAGCCGAUCAGCUGUCUGCAAAUGCAGAGAAAGAGCCGCAAGUAACUCCGACAAAGACGUCCGACAAAUCGCGCUCGAGCACGCCCGGCGAAAUAGAAUCGAGUGGCGGCGAAACUUCCAUGGAGAAUCCACAACACGACAAAUCUGACAAAGAUACUCUACAAGUGGGAGAGUCCAGCAGACCGGCCUCGUCGUUGGGUUCGCCUAACUCACCAAGCGGCAAAGAUGACAAGUCGCCACCAAAAUCACCUAGAUCACCUACGAUAUCGGAGGGCCAAGAUAAAUUAUCGAUGGCGGGGUCAGUGAUAACCUCGCCAAGAUCGCCUGAAGGCGUGAAGGGCUUCGAUAACGGGGAACAAAGGUCGUUAUCUUCCAGCGGUAGCCCUCGAUUGUCGGACUCUCCGAAAUCACCCGCGAAACAGACGGAGGGUGAGAAGAAGAAGAAAACGUCCUUUGUCGAAAGCGCAGACAAGAAAACGGUAGAAAUAGCGAACGCGGCACCGAUCCUCACGGCAACAUCUCCAUCGAAAUCUAUCGCUCCAACGAACAAAACUCCACGCCCGCCUACACCGGCGAAACCGGACGAGAAAAAGUCUUCGAAGAAAAAAGCGAUCCAAAACGGCAGCGAGUCGCAAGCUAAUGCGGCUGCGAAUGGAGUAGCAGAAUCGCCAACCAAAAGGUCUAAAGAAGGCGACAAGAGAUCGACGGCUGGAUCGCCUACGAAAUCACCUAGCAAAUCUGUUAAAUCACUACCGCGAACUCCCGAUACGCCUUCGUCGACUGCCCAAGAGAAAAAAAAAGUGCCGAUGAACAAAAUUCAAGUUGGCGCUGCGCCCUCGCCGAAUCUGAAGACUGUACGAUCGAAAAUCGGUUCUCUGGACAACGCGAGUUAUAAACCAGGCGGCGGCAAAGUGAAGAUAGAGAACAGAAAGCUGGACUUUAGCAAAGCGCAACCGAAAAUCGCCGCGAAGAAUGAUAAAUACACGCCUAGCGGUGGCGACAAAAAGAUCUCUCAAGUAAAACUUCAAUGGAAUGCUAAGCCCAAGGUCGGCUCCUUGGAAAACGCAACUUAUAAGCCAGGCGGUGGUGACAAGAAGAUCGAGACGGUAAAACUCGAUUUCAAGGACAAGGCAAAACCUAAAGUCGGAUCCAAAGAAAAUGCGAAACAUGUUCCUGGUGGCGGUGCCGUUAAGUCUGCGACUCCACCUAAGACACCGCAGGAAACGAAGAACGACAUCCCGACGCAAAAGAUAGAUAUCAAGGCCGAAAGUAAAAUCGGUUCAUUGGAUAAUGUGAAGCAUAAGCCGGGCGGUGGCGAAAAAAAGAUUUUCAACGACAGAGAUUAUCUUCGGCAAACGAGUUCUAACGUGGAAAGCCUGAACGGUAGCGGGUCUCAGAGCCCCGUGCCCUCCGGCGCGAUCACCAACUCCGGCAAGAAUGGCCUGCCAGCCUCGGACGAGAACCUGAACCAGGAAUGCUAGGUCACGAAAAGUCGGCCGAUAGACCCGCUUUAACUAUAUCAUUUGCAUACGAUUAAUCACGUUUAUCUAUUCAACCCCCUUUAGAGGACGAACGAGCGCGGUCCUCGCACGCGCCUGAUCGAUGUUGAGACGAACGGCGCACGGAACUCCUCGGAAAAAGAAAGGAGCAUUGCGAUCGAUAUUUCUCGUCCACGCGCGAAUGACGGAAUUUUUCGCGACGGGCGAACUUAAUCAACGAACGAAGCAAUAUACGUUAUCGCAUUGAUUUGUUGUUAAGUCGAGCGCGAAUUCCGAAUGUGCGUCUUACACUGCACUUUUGUCUUUAGAAAAAAAAAAAAAACAAGUGAAUAAGUUAUGAUAAAAAAAAGCACGCAUUCUAUAAUACACACACAUAAUAUAUCUACCGUAUCAUACAUAAUAACAUCUUUUUUAUUACGUAAAUACGUAAAUGAUGAAGAAAUGCGAAAAAAUGACUGAGAAGAAUUUUUAUUAAGAAAAAAAAAGGAUAUUUAAAAAAUAAUUUUUACGGGCAUGUGCAAACUCUUAAUUUUCUUAAAUAAUGGCUUCCUCUGCGAAUGUUAAAUUCUUGUCACACAGCUCCUUUUUACGAUUUUCUUAAUCGUUAAUAUCGACAUCUCUUUUAUGCGUCUCUCAUUACUCCGUAAAUAUUUGCGAGUUAUCGAUUUUUGAUACGCAUUUUUGUGCCAUAAAAAAAACUUAUACUACGAUGCAUCACGAGUAGUAUAUCGUCAUAGCGUAUCAGGCCACAAUGAUACAUUCAUAAUCUAUUGCAAUAGAUCACGCAUAGUACGGUAUAAUACACUUAACAAGUUAAAUCAAUAAUGCACGAUAAGAAUAACAAAUGUAUCGACGUAAAAACGAGUCAGACUAUAUAAACAAAUUUCCUAUCAUAUUCGAUUUUGCGGAAGACGCGAGUAUAAUAUCAUCUUAAAUCUUUGUUUUUCAAUUUAUGUAUCGCUGGUAGUAUCUAAUAUAUAACAUUUUGUUUUUUAUUCUCAUUUUAUUUAAUUCACGAUAUAGUCUCUUAUUUAUUUCUUUACACGUAAAUAAAACAUGAAAGUACAACAAUCACAAAUCCGUGCGUCAUUGUAAUGUAGGAAAAGUACCAUCACGUGCACGUCCUCUCAAGGGAAGUAGACGUUUUAGAAAAAACAUAUAUUAAUUUUCACGUGAAGAAGUCAAUGCGCCUCGUUAUCACGCAUUAUAUACAUAUAUAUAUGUCGUAUUUCAUCGAACCGAUCACAUCGGACAGAUAAUUGAAUGGCGAACGACGGUGUGUAGUUAUCAUUCAUGCAAGAUAUAAUUUUCGUUCGACGCGGUCGGUCUGAUGAUUUCUGAAGAGACGAGAAACUACAACACAGCCAGCAAUCUCGAUCGAUGUAGAAUGGAUUACGCGAGACGCAACGUUGCACCAAUGGUCGAUUAAUCGUUAGGUAACUUUGUAGCUUUUCCGCUCUAUCUACAUUGCGGCCGCGGUUACGAUAUAGAGGGGAAUCGCUGUAUCGCACGGAGUUUUUCACGCGGAGUCAUCAAGUUAAUUAAAACUAAUUCGGUGCAACGCGGCCGAGAGAGAUUGAGUUAGAGUUUCGGGUGAAAGGAAAAGUGCCAGAAGAGAGAGAGAGAGAGAGAGAGAGAGAGAGAGAAAGAAGCACGUUUAACACGCGGGUGAAUCGAAAUUCGCGCGAGACACCCGUUUAGAUACACGGGGCUGAUUACAGAUUGCGCUUGUAGAGAGACGACAGAAUAUACGAAAUAUUCGUGCAAACCUUAUUGUAGAUACGUAAUCGAUACAUACGCUAUCCCGUUACACCCUCUACGAGUAUAUAAUGUAACACCCCAUGAUGCGUAAGCAUACGGGGAACGCUAAUGGUGAGUGUAGGUCGACGAAGGGGAGAGAUCGAUGAUGAAAAAUGUCGCGCGAGAUCACGCCAAAAAUAAAAAUCUCUCACUUACGUCGCUACUACCUUAGGUACCUCGUACAAUUUACAUGUUGCUAGAGAGAGAGAGAGAGAGAGAGAGAGAGAGAGAGAGAGAGAGAGAGAGAUAGAGAAAGAGAGAUAUGUAUAACACAUUAUUUACACUAUAUUGCUUCCACAUGAAUUUUUAAGACAUACUUUUUGAUUCAAUUAACAUAUUGUGCGACACUUCACGGAGACAUAAUGAUGAUUAACGUUAGAUUAAUUGUCGUAAUUGUCACAAGUUACCACUUCGUAUGAACGCAAUAGUGUAACAAUUAUCCAGCGUAUCCUGGAUUAUGAUUGCUGAAGAGGUAUUAUAAUAAUAUUUUUGUUUUUAAAUUUA